AUGUCAAGCUUGGAAAAAAUCGAAGAGUUAGAGCAGUAUGAAGAGGAUGUCGGUGAUGAACCAGUCACAGAGAAAAAGAAAGAGCCUGUCUCCCAGGCAGAGAAGGAGAGUGGUAGGGUAACGGACAGGGAUAAGGGGGCUGUUUCCAAAAAACCUCCCGUCAAGAAUGACCCAAGUUUGAUGAUCAUCAAUGAGCACAAGAAAAACAAAAUGGUAGUGGCUGCUAUCGACUUUGGAACUGCCUACUCAGGCUUUGCAUAUUCCUUGAAGAAUGACUUUGAAAUCAAACCAUUACGGAUUAUGACGAACCACUGGGUUGUUAAAGGAGCAGGAAGCAUGUCAUUAAAAGCACCCACAUCCAUACUACUGAAUCCGGAUCAGAAGUUCCAUGCAUUCGGUUACGAUGCAGAUCAACGUUAUACUGAAUUAGCUCAAAAAGGAAUAAACAAGGAGUGGUACUACUUUCAAAAGUUUAAAAUGAAAUUACAAGGAAAUAUGGAUGUCACCAGAAAAAGGAUGCUUGAAGACAUUGACGGCAAACAGGUGCCCGCCCAUACAAUUUUCGCUCUGUCGAUCAACUUUCUGAAGAUGGAGAUUUUGAAGUCAUUGACGAAGCAUUCCGGAUACACCAUUGAGGACGUUCAUUUCAUUAUCACUAUUCCUGCGGUCUGGACGGACGCUGCCAAACAGUUCAUGAGAGAAGCCGCUGUAGAGGCUGGAAUUCCCUGUGAAAACCUUACCUUAGCUUUUGAAUCCGAGGUAGCGGCGGUUUACUGCCGAAUGCUGCCGAAGAAAAGUCUAGUCGGCUUACGAGGACGGGAUCUAUUACAGUCAUUUAACAAAGGGAGAAAAUUCAUGGUUCUAGAUCUAGGAGGUGGUACAUGCGACAUCUCAGUUAUGGAAGUUGUCAAUGAUGGAAAUAUUGAACAUAUCCGGAAAGCAACAGGUGGUGCGUGGGGAGGUGGCAAGGUCAACGAGGAAUUUAACGUGUUUCUCAAUAAGAUUUUUGGCGAAGAUGUUGUAAAUGAGUGUUGGGCAGAGAAUCCGUCGGAGUAUUUGGAGAUGGUUCGGUCUUUUGAAAUCAAGAAACGAAAAGUUUCAAAGGAAACAUCUGAUGAAAUCCCAUUCAAAAUCCCGGCAGAGCUUCGGAUGAAAUUAAAACUAAAGACUGGGUUUGAAUUAGAGGAGGUGAUUCGUGAGACAAAGUACAACGGUAAAGUAAUUGUGAAAGGUGAUAAAAUUUUGAUAGACCCAAACAUUUUCAGAGAGUUCUUCAAAAAAACAAUUGACAGUAUUGUCAAACAUAUGAAGGAAAUAUUCGAGGAAAACUCCGGCCGUCACAUUGCUACAAUUCUGAUGGUUGGAGGAUUCACUGAAUCGCCCCUUGUUCGCGAUGCCAUUCGGGAAGCAUUCCCCAACAUGAUGAUUAUAACCCCAAAAGAACCAAGUAUGGCUGUGCUAAAAGGUGCUGUUCUCUUUGGACAAAACCCAGAGUGCAUUUGUUCAAGGAUCUGCAAGUGUACUUAUGGAAUACGAAUCGCAAGACCGUUCAUUGAUGGGAUACACAGAGAUGAGUAUAAGGUGCUGGUGGAUGGGAAAUAUUACUGUAAAAACUUAUUUCAAGUAUUUUUCUCGGUUGACCAGAAAACAAAAAUUGGAGAAACAUUUCGGUAUCCCAUUCAUAAUUCAUAUGAAAGUGAAAUUCGCCAGGAGCUACGUAAAAAGCCGAAAAUUACCGAAAUUUAUACCAGUAAUGACCCUCAUCCUCUGUAUGUAACUGAUUCAAACUGCAGAAAGCACGGGGAGAUAGUCAUGGAACCCCCAGGAGGAAAGUGGCCUGAGAAGUUUUCUGGAUUUGUAGAGAUGGAGAUAGCUGGAACUGAAAUCUUUGGGAGAUUUGUCAACAAAGAGAACGGAGAGGUCAACAUGAUUUAUCUAGACUUCCUGUCAUGACAAGCGCCGAAUCUGAAUUUGAUGAAUUUUCCAAGCAACUAUGAAUUUCUGGGUUAUUGUUUUAGAAGAUAAAGACUAUCCAUGGUUUGAUAUUCAGCGAUUAAGUUUCAGAAUGUUCCUUAAGUUCAUUGCUACGAUUUGUACUGCACUUACGGACACUUUUCCAAAUGUUCCUUUCAGUUUUCUCUACAUGACGUGCACAAGACUUGGCAUUCUAUUCUUUAAGUAUAUCUAUCAGUAAAUAAA